UUAAAUGCUUUUUUAUAUUUCACCAUCGCGGUUUUAAUGUAUUUUUUUGUUUUUUGUGUGUGUACGAUUUUAUCGACAUGCCACUGUUUGAUCGAAAAGGAUGAGAAGAAUGAGAAGCACUGUGGUCUCCUAAAGCAGUGGCUUGAAUCCUCUGAAGUUUCAGUGGAGAUCAUGAAAAAAGGUUUUCACAGGGAGGUGAUAACUCGUGUUGAGCUCAGCCCCGAUGUGCUCAGUGAGGUCCGAGUUUUGCUGGUUCACAGGUGGCCCAGAGGUGUCUUUGUUGAUCCAUAUCAACUUGCAUCCUUGAGUGAUCAAAAUGAUUGGCAGAUAUUAGUGGAUUCAGCCAUCGACCUAGAGCUGCCUGCUCACAAGACUGCAGGAUUUGUCACCUAUCUGUAUUCCACCUCUGAUGGACCAACUCCCAAACUGCUAAAAGUAACAAUUCCCAUACACGGGCGCUACCAUGAGCCUACUUUUGUUGGUGAAACAUUUACAUCUGUCAUCAUAGAACCUCCAGAGCUGCUGCUGCAGACUGAAAAAUGUACGCAGCUCAACAACAUAGAGCCUCAUGCUGUCAUGGACGCCCCCUGUACGGCCGACAAUUCAAGCACAUGUCGAUGGGUUAAACUCCAGCCUCAGCAGGAGGGAGGAACGGUGAGUUUACAGCUUCCAGUUGGUGACGGGUCUUUGGUGACGCCUGUGUGCGGUGGAACUCUUCUAGUCACAAUGCUCUGCUGUGUUGCACUGUCCAGAUACAUGUGGAAACAUCGGAUCAUUUGAACAGUGAUGCUGAACAUGCCUUGUGUUAAACAACCAAAGAUCUUAUAACAAUUUUGUUUGUUUUUUUACAUAAAACUUUAAAAGGACAUUUAAAAAAGUAACACCACACAAGACA